AUGAUACAAGUGUCUUCGUUGGGCGAAGAAAGUGAUCACAUUUCUGGCGUAGAGGAUGAAAACCGACUAAAGGACUCUGCAACUUCACUGGUGAAAAUCAGAUGGGACUGUUAUGUCUCAAGCCGGUGGAACCUGGGCCUGGGCGGCAUCGACGAGGAGAUCGUAGUGGAGCCUCGGAAAUGUGACUUCUUCGUGGGAAAGCAGGUGAUCGGCAUUGGCUGUGGCACACGGCACACGACCUUCCUGCUCGACGAUGGCACAGUCUACACCUGCGGCUGCAACGACCUCGGACAGCUGGGCCACGAGAAGACCAGGAAGAAACCAGAGCAGGUGGUGGCUCUGGAUGCACAGAUCAUCGAGGAGGUGGCGUGUGGAGAGUCUCACACUUUGGCGCUGAACGAUAAAGGACAGAUUUUCUCCUGGGGUCUAGCCUCAGACGGACAACUGGGACUCUGCAACUUUGAUGAAUGUGUUCGUGUGCCUCGAAACAUCAAGAGUUUGUCAGAUGUACAAAUUGCUCAGGUAGCUUGUGGAUAUCGGCACUCCCUUGCGCUUUCAAGAGGGUGCAGCAUAUUUUCCUGGGGCCAAAACCUUUCCGGUCAGCUGGGUCUGGGAUUGAAUGGCCAGAGCCUCUGCACCCCUCAGAUGAUCCAGUCUCUUCAGGGCAUUCCUUUUGCUCAGAUAACAGCAGGGGGCGCUCACAGCUUCGCUCGCACUUUCUCAGGAGCUGUGUUCGGGUGGGGAUGCAACAAGUUUGGUCAACUCGGGGUCAACGACACUAAUGAUCGGUAUUUCCCUGCUCUGCUGAAGACGCUGCGAUCACAGAGAGUGAUUUAUAUUUGCUGUGGAGAAGACCACACAGCUGUUCUCACAAAGGAGGGAGGUGUGUUUACGUUUGGAGCAGGAGGGUACGGACAGCUGGGACACAACUCCACAAACCAUGAGAUCAACCCCAGAAAGGUCUUUGAGCUCAUGGGAAAUGUAGUCACUCAGAUCGCAUGCGGCAGGCAGCACACGUUGGCGUACACUCCCUUGUCUGGAAAGAUGUACUCGUUUGGCCUCGGAGGAAACGGACAGCUCGGCCUCAAAACCACCUCCAACAGAAAGAGUCCCGCCUCCGUGAAGGGGCCCUGGACCAUCAGUGACAACAUGGACUCUUCGGGGGAGCAAGAGUCAAGGGAAUGCUGCUUUGUCAAACUGAUCUUCGCUGGAGGAGAUCAGAGUUUUGCUCACUACAAAACGUCUAAUAGUUCCCCAGUUACAGAGAACGAAAACUUACUCAACAGCCAAAGAGCGAUUUGCACCUUAGACCAGGAGUUGAUUCAGAAGUGGCAUUCGUACUCCCCAGGGCGACUCCCACUGGACAUAUCCAAUGACAUUGACCUCGUGUUUUCGUCCGCGAGUUGUCUCAAUGGGUCAUUUCUCUCCAGGAGUAAUUCAGAUCAUUACAACACCAAUGGUAAAUGUUCGGGCGUGGACAUCAACACUGCUCGACUCUUCUUUCAUCAACUCAUCCAAGAUCACCCCGAGAUCGCUCAACUGAUUGCUGCCAGUCUGGAGAAGAGCCUGAUCCCCAGAUUGCCCAGCUCUCCUCCAGACAUCGAAGCUCUGAGACUCUACCUCACGCUGCCCGAGUGUCCGCUCUUCAGAGACAGAAACAACUUUGUGACCAUCACCAUCCCCUUCGCCAAGUCCGUCCUCAGCCUGAAGGAGGCGCCGCUAAAAGUCCUGGGAAACUGGUGGAGCCGGUUGGAGGCGGCGGCGUUCCAGCGCCUGGUGGAGCUGUACAAAGAGGUGGUGGUUUAUCUGCUGCAGAUGCACAAAGUGGGAAUCCCUCACGUGGAGCAGAGGAUCUUCUCCUGUUUCUUAGACACAUCACUGCGACUGUUGCAGCUGCUGCAUUUGGUGAACGAGAAGAGUGGACAGAUAAUCCAGUAUGACAAGUUCUACAUCCACGAGCUCGACAGCCUCAUCGACAUCAGGAACGAUUACGUGAUGUGGAUGAACUACCCGGGACACGAGGGGGUGGUGACUUUGUGCCGGUUUCCAUUUGUGUUUGAUGCACAAGCGAAGACUACGCUGCUGCAGACCGAUGCAGUUUUACAGAUGCAGAAUGCGGUGGACCAGGCGCAGAUGCAGAACUUUAGUUCCAUGUUUAUUCCCGCGGUGGAGUCUGUGAAUCCCUGCCUCAUCCUCAUCGUUCGCAGAGACAACAUCGUCGGAGACACGAUGGAAGUCCUGAGGAAAUCCAAAAACGUGGACUAUAAGAAGCCCCUGAAGGUGAUCUUUGUGGGUGAGGAGGCCGUAGACGCUGGAGGAGUCAGGAAGGAGUUCUUUCUGUUGAUCAUGAAGGAGCUUUUAGACCCUAAAUACGGCAUGUUCCGAUACUUUGAGGACUCGCGGCUCAUCUGGUUCUCACACAAGACUUUUGAAGAUAUAGAUCUGUUUAAUCUGAUUGGAGUCAUCUGUGGUUUGGCCAUUUAUAAUCUCACUAUUGUCGAGUUGAACUUCCCAGUGGCACUUUAUAAGAAACUGUUAAAGAAGAAACCAACGCUGGAGGAUCUUAAAGAGCUGAUGCCAGAUGUGGGGAGGAGUCUGCAGCAGUUACUGGAUUACACAGAAGAUGAUCUGGAGGAAACCUUCUGCCUAAACUUCACAAUUACAGAGGAGCACUUUGGAGCCACUGAAGUCCUGGAGUUGGUGCCGAAUGGAGAAGACAUCAACGUCACCAAAUCAAACAGGCAGGAGUUUGUGGACGCCUAUGUGGACUACGUGUUCGACAGGGCCGUGGCUCAUCUGUUUGAGUGUUUCUACGCUGGGUUUCACAAAGUCUGCGGAGGAAGAGUCCUGGAGCUGUUCCAACCCAGCGAGCUGCAGGCAAUGGUCAUCGGAAACACCAACUACGACUGGAUGGAGCUGGAGAAGAGUACUGAAUAUAAAGGGGAGUACUGGGCUGAACACGCCACUAUUCGCCUGUUUUGGGAGGUAUUCCAUGAACUUCCAUUAGAGAAAAAAAAACAGUUUCUAUUGUUCCUCACAGGAAGCGACCGUAUCCCUAUUCUGGGCAUGAAAAGCCUGAAGUUGGUGAUCCAGCCGACAGGAGGCGGCGAGCACUACCUCCCUGUGGCACACACCUGUUUUAACCUGCUGGACCUCCCCAAAUACACCAGCCUCGAGUUACUGAGGCUCAAACUGCUGCAGGCCAUCGACCACAACCAGGGCUUCAACCUCGCAUAG